UUAUCGAAGCCCAGCGAAAGAGUAAGAGCGAUUGUAUAAUCUCUCUCUCCAGUGACUUUGGCGUCUCUUUGAUUUUUUCACCGUUCGUCGGUCUCUCGAUCCCACCGUCAAUUCUCCGGCCAAUGACUAUAAUGACUCCGCCUCCCGGUGAUGUGGUGCGACUGCAGCAGGAGGAUGAGGAGAUGCUUGUGCCGCAUUCAGAUUUGGUUGACGGCACUGCUCAGCCCAUGGAGGUUUCGGAAACUGAGGCUGCUGUGAGUACUGUGGAGAACCAGCAGCCAGCUGAGGAUCCUCCCACUCUGAAAUUCACGUGGACUGUCCCAAACUUUUCUAGGCAGAACACCAGGAAGCAUUACUCUGAAGUAUUUGUCGUUGGAGGAUACAAAUGGCGCAUAUUAAUUUUCCCGAAAGGGAACAAUGUCGACCAUUUGUCCAUGUACUUAGAUGUUGCUGAUGCUGCGACUUUGCCUUACGGCAAAGCUAAUUUCAUUACUCUUAUUUUCUCUGUUUUUUCUUCUGCUUCUUCUUUUAGAGGGAAGCUGAUUCUUUCAUUUAUUAGACAGAGAACCCAAAUACUUUGCUGGAAUUUAAUCUUUAUGUACAUUAAGAAAAUCUGCAACACUGGAGAAAUAUUAAAUCAGUAGAUAUUCUCUCACA